UGUGAUUAAGCCCUAACAAAACCUCCGACGUAUCACGCACCCAGGACAAGUGAUUAUCAAGAGAAAUGAAUCGUCGGAGUUUACUCUCGAGAGCGUCGGCAGGUUUGCGGCAUCUCUGUACUUCAAACGCCGAGUCGUCGCGCGGUCCUGUGAAUGAUCAGCAGCAGCGGCUCUACCCGAGGCUGUCGAAGUUGGGUGCCACCGGCGGUAGCGUGGCGCAGACAUUGAACCAGUACAUCAUGGAGGGAAAGAUCGUCAAAAAAUAUGAGCUCGAGAGAUGCAUAAAGGAGCUCCGGAAGUACCGUAGAUACCACCACGCCCUUCAGAUAAUGGAAUGGAUGGAGAUGAGGAAAAUCAACUACUCAUUCACUGACUACGCGCUGCGUUUAGAUCUUAUAUCGAAAGUUAAAGGAAUUGCUGCUGCGGAGAAUUAUUUCUGUGAUCUGUCGUCGUCUGCGAAGAAUCGAUUUACUUAUGGAGCUCUUUUGAAUUGCUAUUGCAAGGAAUUGAUGGAGGAAAAGGCAUUGGCUCUUUCUAAGAAGAUAGAUGAGUUGAAGUUUGCUUCCAAUUUGUCCUUUAACAAUCUUAUGACCAUGUAUAUGAGAAUGGAUCAACCCGAGAAAGUACCUCCUCUUAUAGAUGAAAUGAAGCGGAGAGGGAUUUUUCUUAGCACGUACACAUACAAUGUUUGGAUGAACAGUUGUGCUUCCCUGAAUGGCGUUGGAAAAGUUGAAGAAAUUCUCGAGGAGAUGAAAAACGAAGACAGAAACAAAUUUGAUUGGACGACGUUUUCGAACUUGGCUGCUAUCUAUGUUAAGGCAGGACAGCUCGAGAAAGCCGAAUUAGCUCUUAAGAAGGUAGAGAACGAGAUCAAAUCGAAUAAGCAGCAGGAUCGUUUAGCGUACCAUUUCUUGAUAAGCCUUUAUGCAUCGACGUCGAAUCGGAGUGAGGUGUAUAGGAUAUGGAAUGCACUGAAAUCAGUUUAUCCAAUGACAAAUAACAUGAGUUAUCUCGUCAUGCUUCAGGCUCUAAGCAAACUAAAGGAUUUCGAGGGUCUUAAAAGCACUUAUAAGGAAUGGGAAUCUAGUUGCUCGAGCUUUGAUUUGCGGUUAGCGGAUGUUACGAUCGGGGCUUACCUACGACAGGACAUGUACAAAGAUGCUGCAUUGGUCUUUGAGGAUGCCAUUAAGAGAAGUAAAGGACCUUUCUUUAGGGCUCGAGAAAUGUUCAUGAUUUACUUCUUGAAGUUCAAGCAAGUCGAUUUGGCACUCAGUCAUUUGGAAUCAGCUAUAUCUGAAAGCAUGGACGAUGAAUGGCAUCCAUCACCGGCGAUGGCGAAUGCUUUUCUGAUGUACUUUGAGGAAGAGAAAGACGUUGAAGGCGCCGAAGAUUUUGCCAGGAUUUUGAAGAGAUUUAAGUGUCUCGACGCUAGUGCAUACCAUCUAUUGCUCAAGACCUAUGCAGCUGCAGGAAAACGAGCCCCCGACAUGCGACAAAGAUUGAAAGAAGACAACAUUGAGAAGUUCCCUUGGUUUGUGGUAGACUUGGACCGGGUUUUUGUCACCACGUUAUCAGCAUCGAAGAAGCCAGGGCUGGCAAGAUAAGUUCACGUGGCCAUGCCUAAACCAAUCAAUAAGGCUUAUUGAUUGAAGAGGGAAAAAUGACUACUUAUUAGCUUAGCUAGCCUUCUGGGAGAG